UUACUUUGCUUGUGGCAAGGGAUUUUAUUGUCGUGUUUGCUCUAAGAAACAAAUAAAAUCUUUUUACUAAAAUUAUAGAAUAAGUGUUGAUAUAUAUAUGAAAUUGCUUGAUAGCUGAAAAUAUAUUUUUUAAAUGCGAAUUUUUGCAUGUGAAUAUUGAUAUAAUUAAAGAGUGAAAGACUCACCGGUUGGAAGCAACGUAAAAGAAAAAAGCGUAUACAUAUAGUGCAUAUAACAUAAGUUAACUUGAUAUAUAUAUCAUAUCAUAAAAUGGAAGCAGUUCCAACAGCAGCUGUUGCACCAGUAAGUGGACCACCUGCGCCACGUGGAGGUUACAGAGGGCGCGGUGGCAUGCCUAUGCGCGGUUUUGACCGUGGUCGUCCAAGAGGUAUCGGACGUGGCCACUUUAUGGGUGGUGUUGGCCGUGUGGGGGGACCAGGUGGUAUGGGUGGUCCAAUGCCUCAAGGUAUGAUGGCUCCCAGAGGUAUGCGUAUACCCAGAGGUGGUCAAGGCUACCCUGGCCGUGGUGGGUUUAUGCCACGUGGAGGUGGUAUGCGUGGUGGUAGACCUCCAAUGUAUGCACAAACUGUGAAACAACAUUCAGGUGCAGACAAUAACAAGACAGUAUCACCAGUUCCAACCGCUACUGGAAAUACUACAACUACAGCAGACGAAGAAACGUCAGUUUCAACGUCUCCAACCACAGCGGUUGGCACAGCAAGUGGAACUAACUCAAUAUCUGCUCCUGUUAACACAAAUGGGUCAAAUGGUGGUAUUUCACAUCCUCGUGGUCCACCCCGUGGGGGUCGUGGCGGUUUCAUGAGAGGUGGCGGGCGUGGUGGCUAUAAUCCACAUCAUAGUAAUGGUGUAAUGCAUGGGUCAAUGGGCGGUGCACCUGAUCAUGGUGGUAUGCCAAUGCGUAGAGGUGGACCACCACGUGGACGUGGUGGAUAUGGUCAAAGCAUUAACCGUUCACCUCAUCAUCAUCAACAACACAGCGCUAACACGCAAAUAGCUCCAGUACCCACAUUGAAACGUGGUGCUAUAGGUGGUCAUCCCGGGCCAAAGCGUGGAAGAUAUGAAGGUAUACCAUAUUCACAACGCCCAAUGACACCAAAGUAUCAUCAACAACAACAACAUGUUGCAUCAAUGCCGCCACAAUCUAGCUAUGCAGCUCCACCCAGCCAUCAUGCGCAAACACACGGACAUCAUGGAUAUGCUUCUCAUGAUCAAAGCCAAGCAGUAGACCCGUAUGCACAGUCUUAUGCUGCACCAGUUGCACAGACUACAUACAAUGGCUAUGCGCAGAGCAGUGGUUAUGCCACCCAUGCACCAUCAGCAGCACAAUCAAGUACCAGUUAUGCAAGUCAUCAUGGUAGUGAAUAUGAUCAAAGUCACUAUCAGAAUUAUAACUCUGCAUAUGCUGCUCAAACUGAUACGCGCUAUCAAAGCUAUGGUCAAGAUUACACACAACAAUAUGGAGCGCCUGCAGUUGAUUACAAUUCAACAGCUCAAACUGAUUAUACACAGCAUGCAAGUCAACAAAGUUAUGAUGAACGCGCCUAUACUGGAUAUGGUAAGUUAUAUUUUUUAUUGUACAAAAUUUUAAUUUACUUUACAAGUUAUUUUCUCAAUCGCCAAACUGAUAUUGAUACUCCGAUUAAGUAA